AUGGAUCCAUUUCUGAAAGAGUUCAAGGCUGCAUACAAUGAAGGGAAUGGCUACAAUCUAUCCAUGACCCUUCACCCUGCCGCCCCUGCCUCAAAUCCAAACAGACUUAAAGAUUUCUACCGAAGUACAAAUUUCGAACAUGUCAAGAAGGAUAUUGACUAUCGACUCCUUUAUGAUGAUCGAUCUCCAUUGAAUUGUCCAAUAGAAGAGGCCAGAGCGUGGUCGGACGUUUGCUGCGCGUUUUGGAAAUUUAUUGGAUUGAUGUACAAUGCAGAGGUUGCUCCCGAAGACAAUUCAAAGGAUGCAUGGACGAAGGUAUAUGAAUCAUGGAAAGAAGUAACAAACACCCUUCAUCGUGGUUACAGUGCCUACGGGUUCGAAGCUUGGACAGUACCUUGCUUAUACGUAGCUGGCAAAUAUUUGCGAAUCUUUGCUAUCAAGGCUGAUGAGGCAACUGGUACCGUGAUGAACGCUGCUAUGAAUUACCAGGAUGACUUAAACCCAGAGUCAGAAAAGAAUGAAAAACUGGAAGAUGCAGCCCGACAACUCAACCGCAUAUUCACCUUGUGCCUCAGUGACCGAGCAUCCCUUGAAGAGUCUAGAAAAUGGGCUACUUACAAUAUAAUCAAUUUAUUGUUCAAGACUUAUUUCAAGCUAAACUCUAUUGGAUUGUCGAGAAACAUUCUCAACGCGAUUCAGGCAUAUAGAGGUGAUAUGCCUAGCCUUGAAUCCUUCCCAAUGUCUCAUCAAGUGACGUUCAAAUAUUAUUGUGGAGUCAUAUACUUUCUCGAGGAACAUUACGAGGAAGCAGAAAAAUAUCUCACCGAAGCAUGGAAACUAUGUCACAAGAGUGCUGUUAAAAACAAGGAGCUCAUUCUUACAUAUCUAAUUCCCUGUCAUCUCCUAACAACUCACACUCUUCCUACACCAGCCCUCCUUCAGCCGUACCCCAAACUCCAAAAACUCUUUGCUCCUCUCUCACGUUGCAUCAAGAAAGGCGAUCUCGCCGGAUUUGACGCCGCACUCCUAGCCGGUGAAAAUGAAUUCGUCAAACGUCGUAUUUACCUAACUCUAGAACGUGGCCGCGACAUCGCUUUACGCAACCUUCUACGUAAAGUCUUUAUCGCAGGUGGUUACGAAGAAGCCAAGGAACCAACCGCUGCACCAGUAAGAAAGACGAGAAUUCCAGUUGAUGAAUUUGCUGCUGCGAUUAGUAUUGGGAGUAAAGAGACAAUGGAAAAUGAUGAGGUGGAAUGUUUACUUGCUAAUAUGAUUUAUAAGAGCUUGAUGAAAGGUUACAUAGCACGAGAACGAGGAAUCGUGGUAUUGAGCAAGGGUGGUGCAUUUCCUGGAACAGGCGUAUAA